AUGGCCCUCCUGCGGCGUGAGCUUGCCCGGCUGCUGCCGACGGGGGGACGCCUGUUUGCGACCCAGACCGAGGUUGGCAUCGUGUCUGGCCUCCCGCCGCUCGAAGUGGGCCGCAAGGUCGUCAUCUACUCCCCCGCCCGCACCGCCGGCCAGCAGGGCGUGUCGCAGACCGCCGCGGGCGGCGGCCCUGCCUGGAAGAUCCAGCACGAGAACAAGGCCAAGUGGGUCAACCCGCUGAUUGGAUGGACCAGCACCGCAGACCCGCUGGAGAAUGUGGGCCGCCAGCUGUACUUCCCAUCCAAGGACGACGCCAUCGCCUAUGCGGAGAAGAAUGGGUGGAGCUACGAGGUGCAGGAGUACCACAACCCCAACAAGGCGCGCCCCAAGCGCUACAUCGGCUACGGAGACAACUUCUCCGUCAAGCGCAAGGGCCUCCCCACCGGCGGCCUGCGCAGCGAGCAGCAGGGCGGCAAGAAGUGA